AUGUCAUUUGCAACACAUACACAGAUCAAUGAAGCUGCACUGCAAUCCUUUCAUGAGCAUCUGGUGAAGUCGAAGAGAAUGCUGGCGCUUUGCGGGGCUGGACUGUCAGCUGCAUCAGGUCUACCAACAUUCAGAGGCGCUGGAGGACUGUGGAGGACGUUUAAUGCCACAGAGCUGGCUACUCCUGGUGCCUUCUCUCGGGAUCCGGGUCUUGUAUGGCAAUUCUACUCUUAUAGAAGGCAUAUGGCGAUGAGCGUGCAGCCAAAUAGAGCACACUACGCACUGGCGGAAUUUGCACGGAAGAACCAGCACUUCAUGUGCCUGUCGCAGAAUGUUGAUGGUUUAUCUCAACGCGCGAACCAUCCUAAGGAGUCUCUCAAGCUUCUUCAUGGCUCACUUGCCGAGGUUAAGUGUUCGGAAUUCUUUUGUAGGCACAAAGAGCAGAACUUCACAGACCCAAUCAUCCCUCUACUCGAGCUCCCGAACAUCUUCGAUAUCUCUGAUCCAGACGUCGAGAUUCCGCAUCUGUCCUUCAAAGCACUUCUGGACGGAGGGCUUCGGUGCACACAAUGUAACAAAGGUCUCCUCAGGCCUGGUGUGGUGUGGUUUGGGGAAUCGCUACCAUCAAACGUCCUAGACGACGUGGAUAGGUUUCUAUCGGAUCCCGAACCAAUCGACUUGAUCCUCGUCAUUGGCACAAGUUCGAGUGUCUAUCCUGCAGCCGGGUAUGUAGACUGUGCACGGGACAAAGGUGCAAGAGUUGCUACAAUCAACAUGGACGAGAGAGAUAUACCUCAGGGCAGGAUUUCGAGCAUGGACUGGUUCUUCCAGGGCGAUGCUUCUGUGAUAGUACCAGAGCUCCUGAAACCUGUCACUGGUCAUAUCGAGCUCCCAUCGUCGACAGUGUAA